AUGAUCAAGAUUAAAGAUUCUCUAUCAUUCCUCCACGUGACCAACGAGACGGAAAUCGGAAAUUACAAGCAUUCUUUCUUUGGACACAGAUACUUUCCUUUCACACACAAAGAUUCAGCACAACAAAUGAGUGAGCAAGACUGGGACAAUGUUACUGUUAUACGCAAGAGAACGAACGUUCCAAAGGUCGCUAAGACACAGUCGGCUCUCAAUGCUGCGCGACGUUCAAAUGCUGUCAUAGGCACGGAGAAGAAAGUUACUGGCGGGACUAAUAAACAUACGCAGCAAGAUCACCAGCGUCUGGCCAAGGUUGACCGAGAAAACGAGGUUGCACCGCCUUCGAAGCUUAGUCCGUCUGUUGGUAAACUUAUUCAACAGGCCAGACAAGCCAAAGGGCUCACACAGAAAGAUCUAGCAAUGAAAAUCAGUGAAAAGGCAAACGUUAUUAACGAUUAUGAAAUGGGAAGAACCAUUCCUAAUGACGGCGUAUUAAGGAAGUUGGAAAGAGCACUUGAUGUGAAGUUGAAGACUAGAGGUAAUUAUGAUGAGAGCAAGAGAAUUAGAUGA